AUGCUCCCUACAGCCCCAGCUCAGCCCCGUCUAGGCACGCACCCUCCCCUGCUCAGGGGACACUCCGCUCCCCCGCCCCCGUCUUCCGGGGCUCAGCUCUGGGCUGCAGGCGGCGCUCCCAGGGCCCAGGCCUCGGAACUGCCCUCCCAUAGCGCCGAGCACGGGGCAUCUCUGGGCACGGGCAUCCUUGGCACUGGGCAUCCCUGGGCACCGGGCGUCCCUGGGCACAGGGGCAUCUUUGGGCACCGGGCAUCCCUGGGCACAGGGGCAUCCUUGGCACCGGGCAUCCCUGGGCACAGGGCCAUCCUUGGGCACCGGGCGUCCCUGGGCACGUCGCCCUGUGGAGACCUGGGCUCUGGAGCUCGCAGACCACGCCGAGUCCCUGGGCGCCAAGUCCUUCACCUUCUGGGCCUCACCACCCACGCCCGUCCUGUCCGGUCCCGCGGGGUGUUUGUGUGCCGGAUUCCUCCGGCGGUGAGUCACCCCGAAGGCGAGGACCCCGGGAACCCUGCCCGUGGACUUGUUUUCAGCGUGGCCGCCGGGAGGAGCCCGCCCACGACCCACCCCUGGGACCGGGUUCUUCGCGGGGCGCGGCCCCGCUCCAGCGUCUUCCCGGUCUGCGCCUCUGGCCCCGACGGAGGCCUGCACCGUCUGUCCGGGGCGUAUCCUCCACCACUCUCCCUCCCCCCGCACGUGUCCGCGUGCGUGACACCAGCCGGGCCCGCCCUGCCCGCGGUGACUCACAGCUGCCACGGGAUAAGGCCCCGCCCCGGCUUUCACCCAACCCUCCGCCCAGCCAGGCUGCCGCCCCUCCCCCUGCCCCCCCUCCCCCGCUGCGCCUUCCCGGCGGUGCCCCCUCCUCCGAGGAGGAGUCGCCUCUGGAGGAGCACACACCCGACUACACCGGCUUCCCGGUUCCGGGAGACGGAGUGGAAACGCGUCUUUCCUUGGGAUGCCGGCUAAGCGGGGGAGGGGGCUUCCGUGGCCGCCAGCGGGGAGCUCCCGUCGGUAUCCACUCCCCUCCCGCCGGCCUGUGGGUGACGCCCUGCUCAGACCUGUCCCUUCUCCCAGGCUAGGCACCUCCCACGCUCACCCCUGCCAGCCCACUUAGUGCUUGGUUCCUGUUGCUGUCCCCCCAAAAGCUUCCUCUAGUCUGCAGCUGGGCCGGGCUGACCAUCCAGCCCUGAGAGCAGCCCUUCAAGGGACGCCUGGGCAGGAGGGGCUGCUGCCAGCAUCGCCGGGAGGAGAGACCAGCUGGGCGAUGGGUGGGCUGGACUGGUGGAGCCCCACAUCUUUUCUGGUCACUCCUGGAGAAGUCCCAAUUGGCUGAACAAUCUGUCUUCAUCCGGUUUUUAGAGGGCCAGGGGGCUUCUGGGAAAGGUUUUCAUAAUAAAAAAAGAAACAAAACCGGAAGAAGCAGUCCAACCUGCAAGUUGGGUAUGUGCCCUGACUGGGAAUCAAACCAUGACCCUUGGUGCAUGGACGAUGCUCACAUCAACUGAGCCACACUGGCCAGGCUCCACGGUGCAUUUUCAGGACUGGAAAUGAUGCUUGAAACAGUGGCAGCCACUUUAACCAUAGGGGGAAUGAGCCCAAGGAAAAGCCAACUUGCUGGUUAGGACAGAGCAGAAAUACAGAAAGAACCUGGGUCCCGGUUUCCUUUACGCAGUUCCUGAACCAAUCUUGCAGCUGCCACCUGCGCGGUGAGAGGAUCCGGUUUCCUCAUCCUCUGAGCCACUGUGUAUCAGCCUUUCUAUUGCAAACAAAAACCUCCUCACAACAUCCCUUUCCCUCGGCCUCAGACGCGGACCUUUUUCAUUUCCCUUGACACCCGCUCCUGCCCGCCUCAGGGUCUGCACAUGCUGUUUUGUUUUUCUGUCUGGAAUGCUCUCCAUCCUCCCAAAUAAAGUACCCUUGUCCAGGCGGCUGCUACUCUCCAUCCUCCAGGCCCCUGACUGUCCCCCAACACGCACACUCAGAAUGGGCCCACCACAUGCACUCACGGCCAUGCUUCUUUCCACAGUGAUACUAACCAGUCACUUUCCUGUGUGUGUCUCUGUGACGACUGUCCAUGGGGCUGCAACCCAGUCCCUUCUGAUUGGAGCACGCCCUGCCUAGACUGGUGUUCCAGUAGCAUCUGCUAAAUUCAUGCAGGCGUGGCUCCUUUGGUUCACUUACUGCAUAACCAGGAGCUCACAUAUUGUCAGGUUCACAGUGGUGCCAUCUCCUAGUACAGUCCCUUCCACACUACCCCACCCUGUGCAGCUGGCACUCCCAUGGCACCAGGCAAAUGCCUAUUUCUGUAUCCCCCAAUGUUGAGUCCUGAGGAGGAGGGCCAGGUUCCACUUGUCUUUUGCCCCAUGUCUGGAACACAGUGGGCACGGCGCCCCAGGGGAGCCCAUGAGAGCCUGUAGGAGCCCAGGCCUGUCUCCAUGAGGUUCAGGAAGCUAUUUGAGCCCAGACCAGCUGAGAAGGGGAACACUGUGGCCACUAGACCUGCUGGGUCUCAGUCAAAGAUGAAUCCUUUCAUUACCAAUUCCCCCAAAUAAUUCUUAAUUCUCCAAAGUCCAGUUCUCCAAUUGGCAAAGCACAAUCACUAGCAUUACAUUUUGGUUCCACUUGACUUCUCAGCUCUGAUUCCCAUUGGAUUAUAGAAGAGAAACCAGCUGCAAACAGGAUGAGCUUCACAGGAACCCAACCCAAUAAACGUAGCCAGCCACAAAGAAGAAAUCAAUGUAUAGUAGACCAAAUAGUGUAAUACUAGAGGCCCAGUGCACGGGAUUCUGCUCUGGCGGGGGGCGUGGACUGUGGGGAUCGCCUGCUGUGGGAGCGCCGAGUGGCUGUGGAGCCGCCCUCUGAGUGGCUGCUCCUUCUUCACCUCUCCAGGCCGGGCCCGGGGACAAUAGCACUCAGUCCCGCGGUGGCCACAAACCCACCUCCCAGCCUCCAGGGUCAGCUCUGUGAGCCCAGCUGCGGCACUGCAUGGCCUGCGGAUGUCCAGAGGAGGUGGCAGGGGGAGAGGCGGAGGAGCCUGGGAUGAGGAGGCAAUGAUUGCAGCCUGGGUUCCUGCUCAUCGGCCCAGGGUUCACAGCGGGAGCAGCCGCUCAUCCUGGUCAGCCGAGCAGCACUCCCACUGUGGUAGCACACUGACCACCAGGGGGCAGCUCCUGUGUUGAGUGUCCGCCCCCUGAUAGUCAGUGCACAUCAUAGUGACUGGUCAAAUGGUCAUUCUGGUCAUCCCACCAUUCGGUUGCUGGGCUUUUAUUAUAUAGGACUAGGAGCCCGGUGCAUGAAAUUCGUGCACUGCGGGGAGGGGGUCCCUCAACCCAGCCUGCCCCCUCUCACAUACUGGGAGCCCUCAGGGGAUGUCCUACUGACAGCUUAGGCCCACUCCCUGCUCCCCUAGGGGAGCGGGCCUAAGCCAUAGUCUGGCCUCCCUUUGUGGGAGGCGACCGGGCUGACCAGGGGAAGGCACCAGCCCCAUCACCCCACUGCUGCAGCCACUGCCAGUCACCGCAGCCACCAAGGUGUUUUCAUCAACACGGACUCCAGUCCCUUCACCAUGAAAAAAUGACAACUUUCUUUAGGCAUUUUCAAGAUGUGUCUUUCAUAGGAUAUGACAUUUCUUUAUU